GCCUGAGAUCAGUGAUCGCUCGUCGCCGCUUUUGAUUCGAGUGAAUGUGCGAAUCCCAUGUGACAAUCUGUCUCGUUUGGCCUGACCUGUGUUGUGUAUCACUUGCACUAGGGAAUCACGUGUUACUGGAUUAAUAGCCGUUUGAAAAGGAUAAAAAGGGAGAAAAAGUGCGAGCAGUCGAGACGAGUGGGUGAUCGUUGCAGGGGUUGUGGAGGAUUUUAGCGAGGUGUUGGAGGUGAGGACUUGAAUUCCCCAGAGGACUAAUUCAGAAAUUCCCCCGCCCUGUGACAUGGAAACAGGUUAUUUGAAUUUCCAUGAUGAGGAACACUUUUCCGACUUCUCUCUAUCGCUGGACCCCCACGAUUCCUUGGAGGAGUCGUCGAAUUCACUCAUGGCAAUCGUAGAGUCAGACUUUGACUACGUGGAGACCCAUCAGAUGGAUACAACGGGAGGUCUCUGGGGAACAGAACAGGAGUUAAACGGUGACAUGGCAGUGCUCCCAGACUCCGGAGUGGCCUCAGUCAUCCCCAAGAUCGAGAAUAUGAAGGAAGACUUUGCCAAAGUCCUGAUAGACUGGCACGAGCACAUCGGUUAUCUCCAGGCCUCCGACAUGGAGGAAGACAUAGACAUGAGUCUCUCACUUCCAGACAAGCCAACAGACCUUCCAGCUGACAUUUUCGAGAGUCCACGAAUGCCGGCCUUGAAAAGUCCGAGGAAGUCUCUAGGUGCGCCUUCAACCCCUGAUAAACAAGAGCAAACAAUGUACAAAUCCUUCCCCAGCGUUCUGAGAGGUCUCGUCAACCCCUCGCAGCUGGGCACAUCUCCAGGAAAGAUUUUCGAAGUGUCAUCACCCUUGAAGCAGUCGGCAGUGACUCCCAUUCAAAGAAAAACCCAAAAAUCACGUGAAGACGAUCCCUCCGAGAGCGACGAUUGCAUUGACAUCGAGACAGUCCCUGAGGAGGUGCCUGUUCUCGAGGCAGGCGACGUCAAGAGCCUCCUGGAACAAUUCGAGGCCUCCGAGGCGUCCUCCCUCCAUCCCCAGGUGUACUCUGGGCAUGAUGCGAGCCCUCAAGAUAAAUCACUUGAGCUAUCAAAACCCAAUCGUCACCCAGUGGAUUCAUCGAAACAGACUCUCCUGAAAAAAUCACUGGACUCUCCAGCCUCAAAAUUCCAUAAGAACAUCCGCGAUUCUCUCCCCAAAGAGGUUGUCGACAGGAUAAAAGCCUCCGGGCGCAGCAAACCCAUUUCAGUGAUACCAGCAUUGUCCCAACCAAGAACUUUGAAAAACGCCACGAGAAUGCAGGACGCAGCUGCUACUCUCUCCCGGAACAAACUCCUGAAACUAGUGGCCAAUAGCUCAAAGGUUGAAGCCUCGGUUCAGCUGGAUCACGAUUACUGCAGCAGCAUCCCUUCACCGGCCCCUGACAACUCCACCAAAACAAUCCGAAAGGGACAGAACAAUCGUCUAGGAAUCCGUAGGAAUCUCGUCAAGUCAAAGAGCUGGGGGGACAACAGCUCGAGGAAAGACAGUGGUCUCGAGUCUGGUGAUGUGAGUGAUGCUUCUGAAGAGCAGGGAGUUGUGCAGAGGGAGAGCAAGCCCAGGGAAGUGAUUGGUCAGACGUUUAAUCAGGAUGGAGAGCCAAAACCCAAACCUCAAGAUGAAACUGUCAGCUCCAACUCCUCAAGUGCAUCAAUUUCCGAGUCAAUAUCAAAAUCUGCUCCAGUGUAUGAGAUGAAGAUUCGAUCAGCCCUGGCGACUAGCAUUCUCCAGCUGAGGCAGGGGGUGCUGACGAAGACCAAGUCAGUCACUGGAGUACAGAAGACCAAGCAAAUGGUGUCGGUACUGAAGAAGCCCCCGAUGCCUGUCGUGAAGUGUAGUGAAGUGGCUAGUACUGAGAACUUGAGAGAGGAAAAAGUCGUUCAGAUUCAGAACGCCCCAAUGCUUGAAGAGGAGAAGAAACCUCCCAGGAGGAAACUUAAUUUAGCCGAGUACAGGAGUAGAAGAGAGCAGACUAGGAGUGACAAUAGCAGAACUUGUUCUCCAGUACAGCCCAUGACUCUGGUAUACAUUCAUCAUGCUUCGACCACGACUGAGCCCCUUCAGGAUGAUCCUGAGAAUCCUGUGUGGUCGGAGAGGGAGAUUGUAUCAGUGCUCAAGCCCAAGACUGAAGUGGAGGAGGAUAAGGUGAAGGAAAAGCCUUCGAUGUGUGAGAAAAGUGUGCAGACGUGGGAGGAUGAAAAGGAAGAGGAGAUCAGGGAGGUGGCCAAAGUCAAUGACAGGAGGAUAAGGAACUAUCGACACAGGCGGACGUCCUCCAGCAGUUCCGAGAGCAGGAGCCCGUCGAGGAGCAGGAGUAGAAGCAGGAGUAGAGGCAGGAGGAGGAGUAGUAAUCGGUCCAGGUCGAGCAGCAGCGAUAGCAGCUGCAGGAGUAGAAGCAGAUCCAGAAGUGGAUCGAGAUCACGCAGACGCAAUAACAGGAGAAGGAGGAUCAGUUACAGGCGAAGCUCUGUCAGCUCCACCAGCAGCUGGUCAUCAAGAUCUAGAAGCUCAUACAGGUCACGCUCCAGGUCCUCCAGGUCCAGGAGCAGGUCAUCUUCUUCCAGGUCUUCACGAUACUCUGGAUGCUCUAGGUCCUCCAGGUCCAAUUUGGCCCGGAAAUGGUCGAAUCGUCGACGACGAUCGUCAAGUCGGGGCAGCCAUUAUAAUAGGGGAAAAAGACCCUCGAGCCGGUACAGGUCUCGCUUUCACAGGAGGUCUCCGUACAGGCGAGCCUACGACAAUUGGUACAGCCACGAGAAAGAGCGACAAGUUGAGGAACGCCGGGUCAUCUACGUCGGACGUCUCGAGGAUGGUGUCACCAAACUCGAGCUCAGGAGACGUUUCGAGAUCUUUGGACCAGUCUGCGAUAUCAGCUUGCAUUUUCGUGAGCACGGUGAUAAUUACGGAUUUGUAACUUUUGCCUAUAAAAACGACGCAUACGAAGCCGUAGAGCAUGGAAACGAUGACAUAACUCAGCCACGAUAUGAUUUAUGCUUCGGAGGACGACGAGCAUUUUGUAAAGUCAAAUAUGCUGAUUUAGAUGGAAUGGCAAGUAAUUCAUUUGCCACCGGAAGCAGAAGCAUGAGCAACGAUGGAGACAAUACAUUCGAUCUAUUGCUUAAGGAAGCCAAGGCAAAAUUACGUAAACGAAAAGUUUGACAUAUGUAUUCACUACUAGUUUACAAUAUAUUUUAUUUAAUCACGUAGAAUGAGCCUGCAAAAUUAUGAUGGAGUGAAUGAAGAAUUUAGUCCACGAAUUUAUUGCGAAAUCCAGAAGGGAUAAGUCUAAAGACGAUUGAAUGACGUGUCGGGAGACAUUUUUUGGAAUAAUUAUCACACAGAAACGGGCUGAAUCGUAAGUACUGCAGUAAACAA